AUGCUUCCUCAACACGUUCUCUUCGCGCUCGUCGCCACCGUCGCUGCCGUCCCCCUUAACAUCAACUUGGGUGCCUACUCGCCUGCCCUGGUAGUCGGUGAUGGAGAGAUCUCGCUAGGAUCCACAGAAUCAGCUUCAGAGUUGAUGUCUACGCUCGCUUCGGGAGCCGCAGCCAACGCCGGUGGGGAGGGCGCAGCACAAGCAGCUAAACGAUCCAACCUUCGCCGCGCCGUCAACGACAUCAUCAGCAAGCGUGCUCCCGUUGAGCCCAAGAUGGCCGCCGUCGAGGAGGCCAUGCAAUGGAUCAAGCGUGACCUCGCUGGCUUCAACGCUGCUCUCGGCUACGCCAAGGAGGCCCAGAAGGACAUGCCCAAGGUCGAGAUGGGCACUGAGAACGCCGGUGUCGGUCUUCUCGUCAACCCCGGUGUCAACGUUCCCAAGGACUCUGCCGCCGCUGGCGCCCCUGCUGAGAAGCGCAAGCGCGACGAGGUCGUCGAGGAGGAGGACGCACCCAAGAUGACUUUGGUCGCCAUCACCGAAGUUUGA